AUGGUGUGCAUCUCAAUUCCUUGGGUCAGGAAAAAUACCACCGUUGUCUUAGGGGAGCAAUCCUAAGGUCCUUGAGCCUGUUCUGCACAAUUUCGUCCUGUUGAAUUUUCAACGUUCCAUUUCAUUCCCCUAUCGAGCCUUUUAAUGUUUAAGUACUUGCCUCGCCAUGCCUUUGUUUUAGUGACAGCCGUUUAUGUUACUGACUUGCCGCCUUUAUUUAAUUGGGCGCAUUCUAUUUUGGCUGCGGUCAUUGUUCCUACAGUUCUACAGAGCUGUUGUUUGCCUUUGGUGCGUAAUUGUUUGUAUUUGCUUGCGUUGGCCUUAUUCAUAAUUUGUGUCCAGAUGAAUAUUAUGAGUGUGCAAUCCUAUUCGACCGCCCUUAUUUGGGUGUGUCCUCAAUGUACUUUGAUAUUCUUUUACCAGGCAUUUAUGUCAAUUCUUGCUACAUGACUCGCCAUUUGGUCUUCAGCGGAGUUCGGCUAUUCGUCGCCAUUACGUGUGCGUAUACCGAUUGUUAAAAAAAAAACAAACAAACAAAAACAAAAAACAAAAUUCAAAGGAAAAAUAAACAUCUCGGCUCAGACCUUCAAUUAAUUUGCUCCUCUUUGACUCAUACCGUUUUGAUAUCUUAUCUUAUCUGAGCGGAAACAUAUGGCAUUUAGCCUUAUCUUAAGCCGAAGCGAACGUCUCAAACACGCACGCGAAGUUCUGCGAAGUGGGCACGUGUGACAGAACUGAUCGAAACCCGCCCUGGACCGAGUGCUCAACAACAAGCUGAAACUUCAACAGAGCAGCCUCUCAUGGCCGUCAACAUGCAGGCCCUCUCGGCCUCGAUUUCUAACGCAGUACAGCAACUAUUGCAGAGGCAAUGA